AUGGGUAGACUAGACGGCAAAGUCGCCAUCGUAACUGGUGGCGGCUCAGGCUUCGGCGCUGGUAUUUCAAAAGGAAUGGCCUCCGAAGGAGCCAAAGUCCUUGUCUGCGACAUCAAUAAAUCUGGUGGGGAAGCAACUGCAGCAACAAAUCCCUCCUCCCUUGCUUUUCACCAAAUGGAUGUUACCAAAACCUCAGACUGGAAAGCCACCAUCUCAGCCUGUAUCGAGAGAUUUGGCCGCUGUGAUAUUCUCGUGAAUAACGCAGGUUGGAGUUAUACUAACAAACCUACCACGACUGUCACCGAAGAUGAAUUCGAAAAGGUCUUUGACGUCAACGUUAAAGGUGUAUAUCUGGGCUGCAAUGCUUGGGUAGAUCAAGCUAUUGAGCGUAAAGAAGGAGGUGUGAUCAUCAAUAUUGCCAGUGUUGGGGCUACGCGGCCAAGACCAGGAUUGGUGUGGUACAAUGCGAGUAAAGGCGCGAUAUGGAACGCGACAAAAGGACUUGCAGCAGAAUACGGUCCACAUCAGAUCCGCGUCGUAUCCAUUUGCCCCCUCGUUACAGGGACAGGUCUCUUCUCUGCUUUUACCGGAAUGGAAGAUACGCCGGAAAACAGGACGAAGUUUACGUCUAAUGUACCUAUGGGCAGGAUUGGGGAAGUAGACGAUGUGGUGAAUGCGUGUAUAUUCAUGGCAAGUAAGGAGGCAGGGUUCAUCACUGGGGUCAAUCUCGAAGUGGAUGGUGGGCGGUGUAUCUAA